UUCUAUCGUAACCUUGAUAAAGCUGCUGCAUCAACCCGCGCGGCCGUCUGUCAGUGAUGUAAUGGCGCAGGAAAGUCAAAAAGCGUACAAGUGACGCCUGGCAUCAAAAUAAAAUUAGCCAUCAGCAAUCGAUUCUCAACAUGUCUGCGGAAUGUUCUGACGCGUCCACCGACCCGAGGCUGCUGCAGUAUCGGGACCUGUUUUGUCGAAUAUGCCUCCAGUACAGCAAAGGGGCGCUGAUCCCGAUUGGGGCGGAGAUAAAGAAAACCACCCUGCUGGACAUGUUUAUACAGCUCACCACAUUUGAGCUGGAUCACAAUGACGCGUUUCCAAGGUUCAUGUGCGAGCAGUGCGUCAGCAAGCUGACGCUGGCGUACAGCAUCCGGGAGGAGUUCAUCUCGCAGACCGAUCUGCUGCUGAAGCUGGUGGUGCAGAAGCAAAUCAUUAAGUACUACGAGCAAUUUCCGCUGGAACCGAAGGUUCAGGCACCGCCCAAGGUAAUACAGCCGAGCGUCCAUGCACCGUUCCGGGAGCUAAAGCCCACCCGGGUGGCGAAGCCAACCGGCGGAGUGCCGGUCGUGAAACCGCAGCAGAUGUUAAUUCAGGAAAGCAUCAAAGAUGAAACGGUAGAGGAAUUGGAGGUAGAUGAGGAGGUAAUUCAGGAGGAAAUCCUUAACGACACCACCACCGUGCCGCUGGACGAGUCCAGUCUCGCGGUUGAUUUCAAAGACGACUGGGAUUCGUCCAGCACGGCCACCUCGCUCGAUGAGGAUGACUGGAGCUACACGCUCAACCCGAUCACGCCCCAGAAGCUGGAGGAGCUGAAUGCGGCCCGGCCCGUGCGGAUGAAGAACCCGAGCGGCUCGCGCAAGCGCCCGAAACCGGCGGAGGAGAAACAGGACAAGAAGGAGCGGAAAAACCAAUACUCCACCACCACCUGCUACAUCUGUGAUACGCACCACGAGUCGAUCGCGCAGCGGGACGACCACUUCCGCAACCACAUCCACAUGCUGCCGUACGAGUGUACGGAGUGUUUGGCCGAUCCGCCACCGGAGGACGCCGAUUCGCCGCGGAAGGACCAGCCAGCGGCGGAACAUCCCACCCACAUCGUGCUGCGCAGCGUCAUCCAGCUGAACAGCCACAUGAUGAUGCACGGCUUUCCGCACAAGUGUGAGCACUGCUACCGGCGCUUCACGACCGUGUAUCUGCUGAACCACCACCUGUGGAACUACCACCAGCACUCGAAGGAGGGGCUGACGUGCGAGUGGUGCGGCAAGCGGUACUACUCCCGGCGCCCGUUCCAGGAGCACGUGCGGCGCCACAAGCACUCCGUCACGGAGCGGUUCAAGUGCACGACGUGCGGGCGUGCGUUCGGCUCGAACGCGCUGCUGCGCCGCCACGAGAUGGUGCACACGGGCGAGCGCAGCCACAAGUGCACCUACUGUCCGCGCCUGUUCAGCCGCCGGUGCAAUCUGCUCGACCAUCUGCGGCUGCACACGGGCGAACGGUGCCACAAGUGCAGCGAGUGUCCGCAAUCGUUCAACACGAAAUCGUCGCUCGAGAAGCACCAGCGCAACUAUCACAGCGAUCUGGCGGUGGUGCCGCCGCGGGGCGACCGCAACAUCUACACGCUCCAGUCGGACGGGUCGCGGCUGUACCGGUGCAAGCACGAGGGCUGCACGUUCACCAGCACCUCGAGCACGACGAUGACGCAGCACCGGUUGCGCCACAACAAGCCGUGCGUUUGCGAGGAGUGCGGCCAGCGCUUCGUCUCGCCCAAGUACGUGCGCAAGCACAUGAACCUGAUGCAUUCCGGCAAGCCGCGCAAACCGCAGGGCAAGGGCAGCGCCGGCGGUGGUACGAAGAAGGUGAAGGAGGAAAUUUCCGACGUGAGCAGCGCCACCAUCCUGCCCGCGGACAACACGACGGAGCUGAUCAGUGCGGACGAAUCGCUGCUGGAAACGAAGCUGGAGGAGGAGGAGGAGAUACAGCCGGACGAUGAGGCGUGGGUCAAGAUGAAGGACGGCAUAAUACGCACCGAGUGGAACGCGGGUGACCUGAACGUGGUGCGCGAGUACGUCGUCGAGUUUGUGGAGGAUUCGAAGGAGAUUGAAAUAUACGGUUGCACCGGCGGUCGCUUGUUGGUGCCGCUGCCGAACGCACCGUGGCUUGCUUCCUCCAGCUCGUCCUCGCCGCGCAGUUUGGCGGCCGCCCGGUACUGCAGCAUCUGUUUUUCGCGCGCCACACUUUCCAGCUCCUCCUGCGCCUCCAGGACGGCCGAUUUCAGCAGGGAGAGGAAAAACUCGCGCUUCAUCUCGUCGUCGAUUUUUGCCUCCGGCUGCUCGACCACGUACCGCAGCUGCUUGACUUUUUCGUCCAGCUCCUUCUUCUCCUGGAAUUUGCGGAUCUUUUCGUUGCGCUGUGCGCCCAUUCGCUGCAGCUCGCGUAUCUUGUCGCUCUGCCCACCGGGCACAAUCGCUAGCUCGCCCGUGUCCCGGUCGGGCGUUUCCUGCACUGUUUCGGCAAUGUUUGUUUACAAAACAAUGGAGCAGCUGCAGGGCGAAGAUGCUGCUACCACGUCCUGUCCAAUGGAGUCGUACUCGACCGCACCGCAAACAGCCGUCCUGCACCGCUUCUGCCGGCUGUGCAUGCGAGAGUUCCCGUUUCUGCUGCCGUUCAAUGCUACACUCAAAGAAAUCGCGCUAGCCGACAUGCUGGAACGACUGCUGGGUUCGUUCAAGCUAAAGCAAACGCCCAAUCUACCGAACGGCGUCUGCUCGCACUGUAUCGCGAAGCUGGACUACGCGUACCACGUACAGAAGGAGCUGGUGCGGAACGAGCAGCGCUUGCGGCAUUUCCAGCAGGAGGGAAAUUUGUUGCAGAAAUUGUUUGAAUAUCAAGCUAACAUAACAGUGACCAAAGAGGAUGGGGGCGGUGAUCGAAUGGUGGCGGGGUAUGGCAGUGGACUGCUGCCGGAGACGAUCCAGCUCGAUCCGAAGCAGGACGUACCGGAUAUGGCCGAUGCGGAGCAGCGCGCGGCAGCUGCGUACAAAACGCUGGUACCGCCGGGCGGCUGGGCUGUAAUGGAGUGCGAUUGUCCGGAGAAAUCGAUGGCCGCAUCCACCCGGCGAGCUCCGCGGUCCAUGAAACCCGCGCGUCCGCAGCAGCGAACUUUGCGCAAUCGCCACGUGCUCCGGCAAGCAAUUGAUGCAGAAAAUCCAACCGCUUUAAACGCAACCGCCAUUGAUCCCUGUAAAUGCUACAUAUGUAAUAUCGUGCUGGAGUCGGAAGAAGACUGUCGGGCUCAUUUGGCCGUGCAUGUGGACAUGUUGCCGCAUGUUUGCCCCGAGUGUCGCACGCCGAAUGCGACGGAGGAGGAUGACGACGCGCCGAGCACCCCAAUCACCUCGCUGGCAAUGUUACAGCGCCACUACCGCAUGCACUCCUACCCACUGAAAUGUCCGCACUGUCCGCAACGGUUCCGGAAGCACACGUCCGUCUACACGCAUGUGCGCUAUCGGCACGAAAUGUUCGACAAUCCGGAGGGUUUCACGUGUGACGUGUGCGGCGUAACGAUGCAGUACCGUCCCUCCUUCAUGUACCACAUGCGCAUCCACUACCACGAACAGAUGGGCACGUUCCGGUGCCAGUACUGUGAUCGUGUGUUUGGAACACGGGCCCGGCUAGAGCGUCACGAACGGGCACACACGGGCGAGCGGCCGUUCGCUUGCCAUCUGUGCCCGAAAACGUUUGUGCACGCGGGCCAGCUGGCAACGCACAUCGCGCGGCACAAUAACGAGCGCGGCCACCGGUGCUCGCAGUGCGGCAAAGCGUUCUAUAGCAAAGCGAUGCUGCGGCAGCACCUGGAAACGCACGAAACGCACGAAACGCGCAAAGCGAGCAACGCGGCGAAAGUGAGCCAACGGCCCUGCGCGUAUGCGGGCUGUACGCACGUGGCGCGCACGUAUCAGGCGUACUACAUGCACCGGCUGCGGCACGAGAUGGCGCACCGGUGUGAGGAGUGUGGCCGCCGGUUUGCGCGAGCGUGCGAGCUGAGACGGCACCGGCGCAUCUAUCACUCCUCGGAACAUCCGUUCCGGUGUGAGCCGUGCGGCAAAACGUUCCUUAGCUCGCAGAGCUACCGCGAGCACAUGGACUCGCACGCCAAUGUGCGCCGGUUCGAGUGCGAAGUGUGCGACAAAAAGUUUGUGCGCCGGCGCAACCUGGUCAACCAUCGGAUGUCGCACACGAACCAGCGGCCGUACCGGUGCGAGUAUUGUGACAGUGCCACGUUCAAGUAUAAGAGCGACUUGAACCGGCACCGGAAGGACAAGCAUGGCCAGGCGGAGCACGGCGAGCAGACGUCGGUGUUGGCGCAAGAGGACGAAGACGAAGCGGACGGGGAAAAGAUUGUGCUGAUGAAUGCGGACGAUCCCAUUAUGGAUGUGAUACUGGAGGAAAGUGCUCCGCAGGGCAUUCUGAUCAACGAGAACAUUGAGCUGGACGGGACAUACGGGGAGGAAAUUGAGACGGUCGAAGAGUCGAUCGUCGUUGAGCAGCCGAUCGUUAGCAUCGGUAUCGAUGAGGUGACCAAGGAGGAGUACAUAAUAGAGUACAUAAACCAUGUCACGUCCGAUGCGUUUUGUCGAAUAUGUUUGCUGAAGCGGCCCCACCUGAAGUCGCUGAUGGAGCGGGUCGAUGGCGUGAUGAUACCGGAAAUGCUGUACAAAGUGUGCGGCCGCCAGAUCGAGGUGCAGGAGGGCUACCCGCGCAGCAUCUGCCAACGGUGUCUGUGCCAGUUGGACUGUGCGUUUAAAUUUUUGAACGAGUUCCACCAGCAGGACGAACGUUUGCGCAGCUUCUACUGGAGCGGUUCCGUGGUGAAACGGCUGCAGGAAUACCAGAAGGAAGGGAGUGAAACGGUAGAAAAACGGUUUGCCGAACUGGUCACCCGUAAUGCGAAAAUGCUGAGCCCGCCAACUAAGCACAUGUGCCACCGGGAGACGAACACCAGCCAGCGCCCCAAACUGGUCGAUGCUAGUACGCUGACAGACAAGGAGGCGGUGGUGGAUCUAGCGCUGGUCAAAACGGAGGACGGAAGCGUAGUGUCCGACGAUUUGGUGGUGGAGGACGAGGAAGGAGUGUAUCUCGAGUAUGCGGACGAUUUCGAUGCAUCCAUCAAGGACGAGCAGCUGGUGUCGAUGAAAAUCGAUGUGCUGCAAUCGGGCGAGGAGGCGGAAUCGGACGCCGAACCCAAGGAGCGCAGGAAGCGAGCGCCACAUACGGCCACCAAAAGCACCCCGUCGUCGCGUUGGUCGACUCGGACAAGCCAACCUUUGCCGACGAAGCAGCAGGAAGACAGCGAUACGGAUGAUCCGGCUACGGAGGAAGAUUUCAAGGAGCUGUUCGAGGAAAGCGAACCAGACACUGUGCUAGAGAUGGACGAGGAUGAGGAAGACGAUGAUUUUGAUGAAGAGGAUGAGGAGGAGGAUGAUGAGGAAGAUGACGAGACUGAGGAGGCGAAGCACAUGGUGGAGGAGCAGACGCCGCCGUUGCAGCUCGAUCCGCUGCGCUGCUACAUCUGCGACCGAAACGAGGAAUCGAAAACGAUGCUGGAGCAACAUCUCGAUAUGCACAGCCUGAUGCUGCCGUACGAAUGUAGAAUUUGCCAGGUGGAGGGUGGACCCGCCCGCACGCUCAAAACCAUCUCCUCCCUGCAGAACCACUUCCGCUCGCACCACUACCCGUUCGGGUGCGGCACUUGCGGCAAGCGGUUCCUGCGCAAAGCGCACCUGAUGACGCACAUGGACAGCCACAACGAGGAACACCUGGAGUGUGGCGAGUGCGGGCGACAGUUUACGCACCGCAAAACGUGGCAGAACCACCUGAAGCGCCACGUGGCCGUGCGGACUGGCGCGUUCAAGUGCGGCACCUGCGGCCGGGCGUUCGGCAACCGGGCCCGGUUGGAUCGGCACGUGCGCUCGCACACAGGCGAGCGGCCGUUCGGGUGCAAGUACUGCGACAAGCGGUUCUACGACCGCCACCAGCAGCAGCGCCACACCGAGCGGCACUUCCGCGACCAGGAGUGCAGCUGCGAGAUUUGUGGCGAAACGUUCCCGGGCGCCAAGAAGCGCGACCAGCACAAGGUCGAGCAGCAUCUGAGCGGCCCGGAGCUGGAGGCGUUUUUGGCGCGCAAAUCCAGACAGCGGUCGUACAAGAAGCCGGCCGUACUGAAGGAUAAGAAGUGCCCGUUCGCGGGGUGCGAUUACGUCGCCAACACGUACGGCGCGAUGUACGUGCACAAGCGCACCAAGCAUCAGCCGGUGCACAAGUGCGAGCUGUGCAACAAAUCGUACGCCUUCCUCAACCAGCUGCGGGUGCACAUGGCGCUGCACACGGGCGAGAAACCGUACCAGUGUGAGAUUUGCGGGCGCAGCUUCCGUCGCGGGUUCAGCUACAAGGAGCACAUGGAGAUGCACAACCCGGAGGCGAGCUACAACUGUCCGACGUGCAACAAAAGCUUCAAGCGGCCCCGGUACCUGCAGGCGCACGUGCUGACCCACACCGCGGUGCGCAAGUUUUCGUGCGAAAUCUGUGGCAGCUGCUACAAGACGAACGGGGAGCUGAAGAAGCACACCAAGAACAAGCACGGGCUGGACAUUGUGGAGGAGGAGGUGCGCGAGAUAGUCAUCGAUGCGGAGGAUACGGAUAUAUCGUCGUUCGUUGUGGAGUACGUUUGA